CGGCCGCGCGUCGGAGGUAAAUAUUAAGGCGGUGGGUGUGGGGCGCUGGGGCCGGACCGGGACGCGGGCUGGCGACCCCGGGAAGGGGCGACGCCCCGCCGCCGAGUUUCCCCCUUUCCAGGGUGAGGAUGGUUUCCUACGACCCGGAGUUCUUUCGUUGAAAGGUGCGCUCUGUCGAAACAAGGCAUUUUGCUUUGCUGUCUUUUUACAGCAUGGACACCAAAUUGCUAAAAACGUGCUUUGGGACUGCCAGUGAAUUUAUCUUUUGUGGUUUUACUACAAACUUAGUAGUUUCCUUUUUUUUGAGUUAAUAUUUUGGAGUUAAUGUCACAAUGAGUUCAGGCUUAUGGAGCCAAGAAAAAGUUACUUCACCCUACUGGGAAGAGCGGAUUUUUUAUUUGCUUCUUCAAGAAUGCAGUGUUACAGACAAACAAACACAAAAGCUCCUUAAAGUACCAAAGGGGAGUAUAGGACAGUAUAUCCAAGAUCGUUCUGUGGGUCACUCGAGGAUUCCUUCUGCAAAAGGCAAGAAAAAUCAGAUUGGAUUAAAAAUUUUAGAGCAACCACAUGCACUUCUCUUUGUUGAUGAAAAGGAUGUUGUAGAAAUAAAUGAAAAAUUCACAGAAUUGCUUUUGGCAAUUACCAAUUGUGAAGAGAGGUUCAGCCUGUUUAAGAACAAAAACAGACUAAGUAAAGGCCUCCAGAUAGAUGUGGGCUGCCCUGUGAAAGUACAGCUGAGAUCUGGGGAAGAAAAAUUUCCAGGAGUUGUGCGCUUCAGAGGACCCUUAUUAGCAGAGAGGACAGUGUCGGGAAUAUUCUUUGGAGUAGAAUUACUGGAAGAAGGUCGCGGCCAAGGUUUCACUGAUGGGAUAUAUCAAGGGAAACAACUUUUUCAGUGCGAUGAAGACUGUGGAGUAUUUGUUGCGUUGGACAAGCUAGAAAUCCUAGAAGAUGAUGACAAUGGAUUGGAAAGUGAUUAUGCAGGUCCAGGGGACACAAUGCAGAUGGAACUUCCCCCUCUGGAAAUAAACUCCAGAGUUUCUUUGAAGCUUGGAGAAACUAUAGAGUCUGGCACAGUCAUAUUCUGUGAUGUCUUGCCAGGAAAAGAAAGCUUAGGAUAUUUUGUUGGUGUGGACAUGGAUAAUCCUAUUGGCAAUUGGGAUGGCAGAUUUGAUGGAGUGCAGCUGUGUAGUUUUGCAAGUGUUGAAAGUACAAUUCUCUUGCACAUCAAUGAUAUCAUCCCAGAUAGCGUGACACAGGAAAGGAGGCCUCCCAAACUUGCCUUUAUGUCAAGAGGUGUUGGGGACAAAGGUUCCUCCAGUCAUAAUAAACCAAAGGCCACAGGAUCUACCUCAGACCCUGGAAAUAGAAACAGAUCUGAAUUAUUUUAUACUUUAAAUGGAUCUUCUGUUGACUCACAACCACAAUCCAAAUCAAAAAACACAUGGUACAUUGAUGAAGUUGCUGAAGACCCUGCAAAAUCACUUACAGAGAUAUCUCCAGACUUUGGACACGCUUCACCACCACUGCAACCUCCUUCUAUGAACUCAUUAUCCACCGAAAACAGAUUUCACUCUUUACCGUUCAGUUUGACAAAGAUGCCAAAUACCAAUGGAAGUAUUGGCCACAGUCCACUCUCUCUGUCAGUUCAGUCUGUGAUGGGAGAGCUAAACAAUGCACCUGUCCAGGAGAGUCCCCCCUUGGCCAUGACUUCUGGGAACUCACAUGGUCUGGAAGUGGGCUCUCUGGCUGAAGUUAAAGAGAAUCCCCCUUUCUAUGGGGUAAUCCGUUGGAUCGGUCAGCCACCAGGACUCAAUGAAGUGCUAGCUGGACUGGAACUGGAAGAUGAGUGUGCAGGCUGUACAGAUGGAACCUUCAGGGGCACCCGAUACUUCACCUGUGCCCUGAAGAAGGCACUGUUUGUUAAACUGAAGAGCUGCAGGCCAGACUCCAGGUUUGCGUCUCUGCAGCCAGUUUCCAAUCAGAUCGAGCGCUGCAACUCUCUAGCAUUUGGCGGCUACUUGAGUGAAGUAGUGGAAGAAAAUACCCCACCCAAAAUGGAAAAAGAAGGUUUAGAGAUAAUGAUUGGAAAGAAGAAGGGUAUCCAGGGGCAUUACAAUUCUUGUUACUUAGACUCAACCUUAUUCUGCUUGUUUGCUUUUAGUUCUGUUCUGGACACUGUGUUACUUAGACCUAAAGAAAAGAAUGAUGUAGGAUAUUAUAGUGAAACUCAGGAGCUACUGAGGACAGAAAUUGUUAAUCCUCUGCGAAUAUAUGGAUAUGUGUGUGCAACAAAGAUUAUGAAACUGAGGAAAAUACUUGAAAAAGUUGAGGCUGCAUCAGGAUUUACCUCUGAAGAAAAAGAUCCUGAAGAAUUCUUGAAUAUCCUAUUUCAUCAAAUUUUAAGGGUAGAACCAUUGUUGAAAAUAAGAUCAGCAGGUCAAAAAGUACAAGAUUGUUACUUCUAUCAAAUUUUUAUGGAAAAAAAUGAGAAAGUUGGAGUUCCUACAAUUCAGCAGUUAUUAGAAUGGUCUUUUAUCAACAGUAACCUGAAAUUUGCAGAGGCACCAUCGUGCCUGAUUAUUCAGAUGCCUCGAUUUGGAAAAGACUUUAAACUGUUUAAAAAAAUUUUUCCUUCUUUGGAGUUAAAUAUAACAGAUUUACUUGAAGACACCCCCAGGCAGUGCCGGAUAUGUGGGGGGCUUGCCAUGUAUGAAUGUAGAGAAUGUUAUGAUGACCCUGACAUCUCCGCUGGAAACAUCAAGCAGUUUUGUAAAACCUGCAACACUCAAGUCCACCUUCAUCCCAAGAGACUGAACCAUAAAUAUAACCCGGUGUCACUUCCCAAAGAUUUACCUGACUGGGACUGGAGGCACGGCUGCAUCCCCUGCCAGAAGAUGGAAUUAUUUGCUGUUCUCUGCAUAGAAACAAGCCACUAUGUUGCUUUUGUGAAGUAUGGGAAGGAUGACUCUGCCUGGCUCUUCUUUGACAGCAUGGCUGAUCGGGAUGGCGGCCAAAAUGGCUUCAACAUUCCUCAAGUUACCCCAUGCCCAGAAGUAGGAGAGUACUUGAAAAUGUCUCCAGAGGACCUGCAUUCCUUGGACUCCAGAAGAAUCCAAGGCUGCGCACGAAGACUUCUUUGUGAUGCCUACAUGUGCAUGUACCAGAGUCCGACAAUGAGUUUGUACAAAUAAACGGGGUCAUCUGGGCAGGGGCAGCAACCGAUGGCAAGAUCUUAAUGUUGCAUUUUACCCGAGCUGGCAGUUUUGUUCAGCGUCCAUUGCCGGCAAUGGAUGUCUUUGUGGUGGUGAUCCUUCUGAAAAGGAUUCCUAUGUUUAAAAAACAAAUUGCUUUUGUGUUCCUGAAGUAUUUAAUAAGAAGCAUUUUGCACUCUAGAAAGUAUGUUUGUGUUGGUUUUUUAAGAAGUCUAAAUGAAGUUAUUAAUACCUGAAGCUUUAAGUUAAGUGCAUUGAUCAUAUGAUAUUUUUGGAAGCAUAAAAUUUUAAUUGUGACAGUUUAAAACCUCUUCUAGUCCAUUGAGAAUGUAAAUAAAUGUGUCUUCUUUAUGGACCAAGGAUAUGAAAUCAUUUCUCCUUUUAGCUAAUGGUUGCCUUGAGGAAGAAAUAUGUUGGUUUUAUUAAGAGUCUACUUUUAAUCCAGUUAAGAAAAUUGUACUGAGUUUGAUUUGUUAAUUCUCUCCUCUAUAGUGCCAACCCCUGCAUGUCUGCAACCCGCUGAGCUCCCGUGUUUCCGCAGUAGUGGCCAGAAAAGUACUUAAAUUCCAUUACUGGUGUUGUUUUCUAUUUGUUCUGGUUUUGAGAUAUCUCAGUGAUUUUGUCAUAAGACGUCUAUUUUUGAUGUAAUUUUCCUGGGGGAUUCGAACAGACAGCAACUGAAGCUCUUCAUUCACAUUAGUAACUGUCAGCUGAGAGGUUUGUUUGUUUGUUUGUUUGUUUUGUUAAGGCUCUCUAACUAUUUUACGGAACAGGGCAUAAUGAAUUUUAUUAAAUGGUUGGGGUGAUAAAUAGAUUUCUAUACAAAUAUAUGGCCCAUCAGAAAAUAAAUUUGAAUCUGCAAUACUCAUUAAAAUCUCCCUGAAGAGAUGUGUUGGCUUUUCUAAACCUCUCCCAUUGUGAGGAAGACUGUCCAGAACUUCAGUGAGGUCAGCUAGUCUGCUCACUAAAAAUCCAGCUUGAUUUCAUGGGAGAUCAUGGCAGUUACGAAUCAGACACUUGAUUGAAAUGUUUGCAGCAGCUUCAUCCUCCUCUGAUUAAAUAAGUAAAACAUGGAUGUUUCCUUAGCUCAUGUCCACAGUGCGUGUCUGGACCACAAGUGGAUGUUGUAGCCUAGAACCACAGAUUAUAAAUGUCAGUGACGUGGAAUGUGCUGUGGCCUGUGUUUUCUCUGAGUGUCCCUUUGUGGUAUUGUUGUCCUUCUGGAAAGACUUCCUAACCGUAGAGAAAGACAUAAGAGUUGUCAUGUGUAUAUAGCAUAUGACUUCAUAAAACAUUCAAUGUCAAAAAAAAAAAAAAAGCGGAGAGAAUCUUUACAAACCCUGCAAUUAGUUGUUUUAAAGUCACAUUUACCUUUGGUUCUAUCAUUCCAUGUUGCUAAUAUUUAUUAGUUUUAUAAAUUAUAGUAAGGUAUAAAAACUCAGCUUGUAAUUUUUUCAUUUUUAAAAUGAGAAAGUACCUAAAUUUUGCAUGAGGUUUUGCUAAGUGCUUGGGUACAACAGGGAGGUGGACACGGGAUCAAGGGUUGAGGGUGAAGAACCCAGGCUGUGGGGCUGGCACUGCCCCUGUCUACCUUGGGUAACAAGGGAGGGGCCUGGGUUGCACGGUACCUGAGGUCUCCUCUGGCUGUGAACUACAAGACCGGUCACCCCUUAGUAAAGAGGUGUUGAGUGAAUAAAUGGAUGAAUGAGCUUAUCAGUGUUUUUUAAGAGAUCUGGAGGAAUGACCAAGAAUCUCUUUUUAGGUAAGACUGUAUUUAACAGUUAAAAAAGAAGGGAACGAUCCUUUUCUUUUGAACAAAAUACAAGUUCAAGGUCUGUCCUGCCUGGCCUCUUGUGGCAGAAGGCUUGAAGAGGACCCAUCUGGAUGCAUGCAUGCACAGGUUUCCUCCCAGGGUUGGAGGCUCUUUGGGAGGGGUGGGGGGCGGAGUCACUUCCAUAAAUUAUUUCUGAGGACAUUUCCUUCAAGUAGAACCUUCUGUCCUCUUUCUCAAUAAGGGGUUGCCAGAGCCAGCCGGGGUGCUCUCUGUGGAGGCGUGGGGCUCUUCCCCUGGCCCUGGGUGGUCCCUCCUUGUCCCCAUCCCAGGAGAGCUUGUGUGGCAAGUGGGCACCUUCAGGGCUGGGCUGUAUGGCACUGGUGGCUCAUGUACCUGUUGACUUAUUUAUUUUUUAGCCGUAAAUUUCCUUUAAUAUUUUCCUGUUGGCUUUUUAAAUGUUUUGGUUAUCCCCUUUUCCAUAUUCUAGCUAAAAUCAAGAUGGCAAUGGAGUAGAAUUAUUUAUAACAUGGCUUAUGAUUCAUCGCUACAAAUAGAAAAUAUAACAAGUCCUGUUCACCCACCUCCCAACUAAAUUCACACUUUUAAGUGUGUGUGUGUGUGUGUGUGUGUGUGUGUGUGUGCGUGCAUGCACGUGCGUAGGGGGAGGGAGGGAAGAAGUGAUGUAGAGGCUAAGUGUGUAUAGUCCCUCACAGUCAGCUUUAUAAAGGAGUUAUAGUUCCACUCCAUCCCUGAAAGAAUGUUUUCUAAGACUGAGAAAACACAUGGGAAACCAAGAGAAACAGUAACAAAAGUCAGUAAUACACAGUUGUUACAAUUGCUAAGGAUAAUCUCCUUAGAAUAGUUUAGGAUUUUUGUAAUUCACAUUUGCCAAAUGUUAUAGGUAAAUGGCUUCUUUCUAUCCCGUGGAUUCACUUAUUUUUUCAUCUAACACAUAAUUCAGGAACAAGAGGAAGAUAUAGUGAUUCAUCUUAUGCAACUUGUAUUGUCACACAAAGUCCUGCUGUUUGAACGUUGCGUCUUCAUAAGUUCAGGCUUUCCUCCCUCCUCAGGUAGAUCUCCACAUGCAGCUAGAUAAUUUCAUACCCACUUGGCUAAUCAGAGACAGGUGAGCUGAGAAUACAGUAGUAGGCCUCAGCUGAGCAACUGCCCACCGACGAGUAUUUAUUGGACAUUUAUCACCGAGGACUAUGUCGGAAGGAAGAGGAGACGUGGUCCCUGCUUUUGAACAGCAUAGCACCUACUUCUGACAUCAGAAUCCCUACUAAUGGUUGCUUCAGCGUCAGAGCCUCCAGUCUCAGGGAAAGCUCUGGGACUCAGUAACAGAAAAAGUAGUGUAGGGGAUGAGAGACCUGGUUCCACCCUCUCUCUGGCACUUGCUCUGUUGGCCUUAGAUGACUUCUUUGCUACUUUCAUGUCCUCUGUAUAAGAAGGGGGUUGGGAUGUCAAAUUUUAUAGAAAAAAAAUAUAAGCUUCUGGGUCCCAGGUCAUACCUGCUGGAUCUGAGUCUUCAUGAGUGGAGCUUAGGAAAUUUGUUAGUAAAAGGCUCCACCAGGUGAGCCUGAUGACCAGCCCGAUUUGAAAACUACUGAACUAAAAGAUCUCAAAAAUAUCUUUUAUAUGAUUGUGUGAUUGUGUAAUGUUAUCGCAUUAAUUACUUUACAUAAAUAUGGGUAAUUGGAUGUUCAUUACAUUAUCUGUGUUUACAUAGGAAUUUAUAUAAGGAAUGCAUUUGAGUAUACAUACCUCAACCCACUGUUUCCUAGAGGUUUUAGCAGCCUUUGGAACACACACAGCUCUUAAGAGGAUAUUUGAUAAUAUUUACCUGGACAUUUGUCUUCCAUUUUCUUUCUCUGGGGGAAAUUGAGGCUCACCCUGGGCACCAAAAAAGUGGAAAAACAAAACUGUUAUGCAAAAUUGAAGCAUUAUUUCAUACUGUCUGCUACUUUAUGAUGAAAAUUUUAACAUCAUUUGAGAAGAUUUUUCUCGUGAAGUAAAAUGUCCUUGUUAUAGUAGGUGGAGUAUAUGUUUCAAAUUAAAAAUAAAAUCUCCUUCUCUGGCAGUUAGUGAUGUUAACAACACACCCACGAUUCCCCUUCAAUGAAAAUAAUACUUGAAUCCCCCAAGGCGAGUGGGGGGAGUGGAGGAGGAGAAUGUAUGAAAAUGGAAACCCGUGUGCGGAGGAGAGGGUGGAGGAAGAGGGCAGGUAAAGUCCUCACAGCGGAUGUGGUGCGGGGUGUGGGGGGCUCCAUGAAGGCAGGGUUUCCGUGUGUCCCCUGAGAUCAUGUCACUUGGCCAAGACCAGGCUCGUAGUGGUUGAGGCUUCCUGCAGGGAGUUUCCAUGGCAUUUGUCUAUCCUUCCGGAAGUUUUAUUGGAGGGAAAAGAGAAGAAAGGACUCUUCAUCUUAUUCUGCACGCUGGGGCAGCUGCAGGGUCUCUGUCGAGUCAGGGAGCAGUGCUGGACCCCUAACCAGCAAAUGUGGCCAAAGAGUGGAAACGUGGAGAAGGAGCUAUUCCUCCCUAUCACAGUCAACGCCGGCAUUUGCAGGAGGUCGCUUGGGAGCCCUGCUUGAUUUCCUGACCCGCGUUGUUGGGCCAUUUGUGUUUGACCAUAUGUCUCUCAUUCUCUCAUAGAGGUCCAGGCCUGGGUGGGGUUGGGGGGAAGAAAGGCCAGUUAUGGGGAGGGUGGUCCUUCCAGGCACCACAAGCCUCAGAUCUCUCUUGCAGUCUUAAACACUGUCCACUUUUGCUGUGUACUUUUUCUGGAGAGAUUAUGUUGGAGACUCCACUGUCUUUGGUUUUAUUUUGUGAAAUGGCCUGUAGUACUGUCAAAGUUUAAUUCCACAAGAGUCUAGUGUCCUGUCACAAACAUUCACUUUUUUUUUUCCCAAUCCCAUUUGAAACUUCCCAGGGAAGUUGUGGUUAUUCACAAAUUGGUAUAAAGGAGCACAUUUUGUACUGCAUUUUACAUAUCUGGUAUCUUGUUGAGUUUUUUUUUUUUUUUUUGGCCUGAAGAACAUCCUGUAUUUAUGAAGAUAUUCUUUAAAAAUAACACCCCAUAAAAUAACCCUUUACUAUCAGAUUGCUCUGAUUUAGCCUUAAUUUUGUUAAAUUUUUUAGAGAUGAAUGAAGUGCUGCUGUGGAAAGAAAUGUACUAUAUACUAUUUCUGUAUCAUUAAAAUUAAAUUUUUAUGGUU